UGUUCGGUGUGAGUUGGUGUUGCAGGUGUUGAGGUGAAUGAGGUGAAGCUGAAGAAAAGAAAAAAGAUGCCGGGUAACAUGAUGAUUGAAGAAUAAGAAUUCUCUUUUCUCAUUUCAAUGAAGAAGUGAAGACAGGAGACCAAAAAUCUGGAAGUGUGGAUGUUUCCGAUUGACAGUUUCGUCGUUUUUAUAUCUUAUGUUCGGGUGAUCGCGAAAUGGAGUCUUAUAAUCAGUGAACGCAUCGUUGCAUCAUGAGUUUGAGAUCCUUGUGGUCGGGAUUUUAUUCCCUGCUGUCUAAAAAACCGGUGGAGUUUACUGCAGAAGAGUACGAAAAUGUUCUGUUUUCAGCGAAGGUUGAGGAAGAAAAAGAACCAGAGCAACCCGAGGAAAAAUUUGAUACGUAUUGUCAACACAGGAUUGGCGUAAUAACCAAGAUGUUUCCCGAUUAUUGCAUGAUCGACCAUAAGUACUACGUUGAUAUAUCGGAGUUGACCGGUGAUAUUAAGCAAGGAGAUAAAGUUGAAUUUGAGGCCUAUGUAGUGGACGUCAAUCGUGAUUUGAAAGUUUCCAACGUUAAAUUGCUUGAAAGAGAUCAAUGGGUGCGAGGAACUGAGAAUACAGAUAACGAAUCAUGCCUCCUAAAAGAAAAUGCUACGAUACUAAAGAAUGAACCCGGACAAAUCACGGAAAGAAAUGGUAGGAAUUUGAAGAUCGAUCCUCCUGGCAUCACUUGCAAUAUGGAUAAAGUCAAGAUGGAGUUCAUACCAAUCGUUGGUGAUCAUGUACUUUUGACCGCUAUUGCCGAAGUGAUUGAAAAUAGAAAAAAACACGAAGAACGUAUUAUUGACGUGAGAGAAAUUCGUUACAGGGGAUGUAAGACGUUGGACGGACGAAUCACUCAUUUAGAAGUAGAUGGCGAGGAUAUCAGGGGUAUAAUCAAUAGAGAAGUUUAUUUCACCAAAAAUGAGUGUGAGCCUGGUUAUACACCAGCAUUAAAUGAUGAAGUUGCUGCCACCGUUAUUGAGAGUACUCAAGGAGAACUUUUGUGGAGAGCUAUAAAAAUUAUUCCUCCUCCAGAACUAGACCAAGGACCUGAUUACGCACAAAUAUUCGCUCAAGAAAAACUCUUUGAAAAUAAAAUGGGUUUAGAAGUACAUACUGUCAGUCCCAAAGUGAAUAUUAAAAUCGGAGAUAAUUGUAUCUAUCAGGUUAUCAUUAAAAACAGAAAUGAGCAUAAUGCUGCUCUGAAGAAAAUAGUGUUGCGUAAUUUUCAAGGCCGCGAGGUUAUCAGAAUAAGAGCUGAUUUUACGGACCCUAUUACUAUUCCAGCGAGAAACAAAAUAACCAUCGAUCUUGAGGUGAAACCGGAUUCACCGGGGUGUGUUCGAGAAACACUGAUAUUGCAUUUUGAAGGAGAUUUUGAAAUUGGCACGGGGAUAGAGUUUAUUGGAAUCGAUGAUCGUUGCAAAGAUGAAAUUAACGCGAGUUACGAUCUACCGCAAAGAUCGAAUGUUAGAGCGAAAAAUAUGGAAAAAAGAAACGCUGCCGUAAAGAAAAUAACCUUACCGACCAAGGUAGGAUUUGUAGUUCCUGGAAUACGUCCUAUCAAACCAGCUUCGUUUAUACCAAAUAGAUUAGACCAGUAUCCGAUUCCGAAGAAUUUAGCCAACAUUCUUCUGAACGAAGAAGACACUUUCAAAAAAUUUUCCGAGAUUGAAAGCGCAGUUGUGAAACUAUAUCCUUGUAUGAUUGAAGAAUUGGAUGAAAAAAAUUACCUUUUAAAAUUCCACAAUCUUUUGCAUAUCGAAGAUCAGGAACUUUCAAUCGCGAUAAAGAAGUACGAUCGAGAACGUGUAUGCUUUGAUAGAAGAGGCGAAUAUUUAUCGUUGGAAAUUCCAAAUUUAGCUGAAAGUAGACCAUCGCUUGUAAUCGGUGAUAAAUUAAUUGCUAGCGAUCCUGCAAUUUUCGGCAAGAGCACUACGAAAUACGAAGGUUAUAUCCACAAAGUGAACGCAAAUUCGAUAUUUUUGAGAUUCAACGACUCGUUCCAUAACUCGUACAACGGAAAAGACUACAGCGUUACGUUCGUUCACAGUCGUACAGGAAUUCGUCGUUGCCAUCAGGCAAUCAAUUUGGUGCAUGCUCAUUUAGGUCGCGACUGGUUAUUCCCUGACACGUUGAGUAAUCUGAAAAAUCCCCAAGUGAGUAUUGUAAGCGAAGACCCUCCAAUUGAGGAACAGAUCGAAGAAAAACAUACAUGCCCCGAUGGCGAACAAACUGUGAAACCUCAAUCAAAUCUUCAAGUCGAUGUUGGGCCGGUUGAAGACUAUGUUCAUAAAGAAAGAGUUUUGAAAUGGAUCAACGUUACAUUAAAUCAUUUCCAAAAAGAAGCCGUUCGUAAUAUUUUAGGAGGUGAAGCUAGACCUUUCCCUUACGUAAUAUUCGGACCUCCCGGUACUGGAAAAACUGUCACUGUUGUUGAAACCAUAUUGCAAAUCAAAAUACAAAUGCCUUAUAGUCGGAUAUUGGUAGCUACCCCAUCCAAUUCAUCGGCCGACUUAAUUUGCGAUAGAUUGCUUAGUUGGAAUUUAUUAAUUCCUGGAGACUUGGUCAGAAUUGUCGGAUUUAAUUAUAUUAACGAAGAUAGAAUACCUCCUCGUGUAAAACCUUUCUGUACGGUUGUUGACUUGAAAGGUGCUAACAACGCUGGGGAUGGCACUUACGAAGAGGAUGGUAUACGACACUCAAACAAACAAGCCAUCGGUCGACAUACGAUCACCGUCGGUACUUGCGUAUCACUCGGUAUACUUUACACGAUGGGUUUCCCCAAAGGACAUUUCACACAUGUGAUAAUAGACGAAGCCGGACAAGCUACAGAACCCGAAAUUUCAAUUCCGCUUGCGUUUUUAAAUACCGAUAAUCAAGCAAUCUUAGCCGGCGAUCCUCGUCAAUUAGGACCUGUCAUUACGUCAAGAGUUGCCGAAAGCUUAGGUCUUGGAGAAUCGUUACUGAGUCGUUUUCUGAUGAGAUUUCCGUACCAUCGUGAUCCCGAAAGUUACCCUGAUACGAAUGGUUACGAUCCUCGAUUAGUUACGUGGCUGUUAUAUAAUUAUCGUUCAUUGCCGCAGAUUCUUAAUUUGUACAGCGAAUUAUUUUAUGAUGCGAAAUUACAGCCUAUGGUUUGUGAUAAAUGCAGCGAGGAGGCGCAGGUUUUGAAAAUGUUGGCAAACGAAGUCAGCAAUCUCAAAACAAAAACUCGUGGAACUGCAACAUCUAUCGUAUUUCACGGAGUGAGAGGAGUAAACGCCCAAGAGGAGGACAGUCCAUCUUGGUUUAAUGACCACGAAGUAAUCAAAGUCGUCGAUUACCUUCAAGAUUUUUACAAAUGUGGUCUCACGAAUGAAGACAUUGGUAUCAUAACACCCUAUCAAAAACAAGUAAUGAAAAUCCGAGAAAUGCUUAGACGAUUCGAUUUAGAUUUGCCGAAAGUUGGCUCAGUUGAAGAAUUCCAAGGACAAGAACGUAAAAUAAUCAUUUUAUCGACAGUAAGGAGCGACGAAGGAUUGUUAGAUAAAGAUAAAAAACACGCGUUAGGAUUCGUAGCCUGUAAACAACGAUUGAACGUUGCAAUCAGCAGAGCCCGAUGCGCGUUAGUAAUUAUUGGAAAUCCGCAUUUACUCGUGAAGGAUAUAUCGUGGCGAAGCUUGAUUAAAACAUGCUUGGAUAGUGAUUGUUAUACUGGUUGCGAUUUACCUCUAAUUAUAUCGCAACGUUGAAAAUAACUGUGUCGGUAAUGUUGAUUCAAAUUAAUUUUCUUCUACGUUAAAGGUGAUCGUUCAAUCUUUCGUAGUAUUCGUAUUUUUCGUCAAUUUUGUGCAUAUUAUAACGUAACUUUAUUCGAAUAAGUACCUAGACUAGACCUACUGCAUUUUAUGUCUUAAACUUUCAUCCGACUUUGAAUCGUGCAGAGUGAUUAAUUAUGUUGAAUUUUUCUUACUUUCAGUCGACUGUUAUUUUUUUUCAGGAGGGAUAUGGUCUGUGCAAUUUUCUUGCGUUUUUUUUUAUACAUAGUUGUUUUCAAGUUACUGUAUACUAUGAAAUAAUCGAGUUUUUGUUUUCAAAUUUCAUCUUUAUAAUUUCAUGUAAAGUUUUUUUUUUGAUACGGGUUUUUUACCUAUUGUUUGUUUAUAAUUAUUAGAGAUGUUCCAAAUAAGUUUUUUUAUUUCGUAAAAUAAAACAUUUUUGAUAAUUUUU